GUGAUUACAUUCUUAAUGAAUAAAAAUGAAAUAACAGGGGGCUGGGGAUUUAGCUCCGCCGGCAAGGCCACCAAGUAUCUGAAGGAUGUCACGUUAAAGAAGCAAUGUGUGCCAUUCCGGCGUUACAAUGGUGGAGUUGGAAGGUGUGCCCAGGCCAAACAAUGGGGCUGGACCCAGGGUCGGUGGCCCAAAAAGAGUGCUGAAUUUUUGCUGCACAUGCUUAAAAAUGCAGAGAGUAAUGCUGAACUUAAGGGUUUAGAUGUAGAUUCUCUGGUCAUUGAACAUAUCCAGGUGAACAAAGCACCCAAGAUGCGCCGCCGUACUUACAGAGCUCAUGGCCGUAUUAACCCAUACAUGAGCUCUCCCUGCCACAUUGAGAUGAUCCUUACUGAAAAGGAACAGAUUGUGCCUAAACCAGAGGAGGAAGUUGCACAGAAGAAAAAAAUAUCUCAGAAGAAACUGAAGAAACAAAAACUUAUGGCACGGGAAUAAAUUAUGCAUUAAAUAAAUGCAAAUAAAAGUAAUAUUGUUUGCCA